UUUCAUCUGUGAGUGGUCCCCACUUAAGUCGAGUGCGGUAGAAGGGGAAAGUAUAAGGACAGAUUCUGUGAGCCAUAGCGGUGAGUCACGCGUUUGAGAAGUGUCAAGCAGCUAAACGAGUUUGUACUUUUGUACAAAAAAAAAACAAUAUAAUAAUAUCAGAACCAAAAGAAACUAUCUAGAAAUGAACGACACUGAGACAAACGAUCGCCCGAAAUGGUUGUUAGAACUAGAAAAUAGAAAGAGAAAGUUAUUUUGUUUAGCCUCGAUUGGCACAUGAAGCUGGAGCAGGAGCACCUUGUGUUAUUUGUAAAGCAACAUGCCCAGGCUUAGACCUGCACUUUUGGAGAAAGACUUGUAAAAAUUGUAAAUGCAGUAAGGAUGAUCAUGAUGUUAACGAUGAAGAUUUUCCACAAUUUGAUUUAUUAUUUGGAUCCUCCAGAAAAUAUAAGAAAAAGCCCACAUUGUUACACAUACACAAUGAAAAAGAAUAUGCAGAAGAAGCAUUUGAGUGGAUACCACCAGACACAACAAAAGAACUUGCUAUAGAUUAUAUGAAAGCCUUUCCCAUUGAAAAAUUGCCCAUUAAAGGAUCGACUGGUGCAGCUCUGAGAAGACAGUUAUUACAAAAGCAGUUGCCACUUCAUGAUAUAGAUCACAAAGUUUGUGAUAAAUUGAGCGAGCAGGAAAAGAAAGAGUUUGAGAAAUAUUUAGAUAGCAUAAAAAAAUAUGUAGGUCAAGGAACAGUGACAAAGAUACUUGGUGCUCGCCCAUUUGAACGAUCAUUAAUGACACCCGCUAAUGCAACAGACAUGCAACGCUUCAGUCCACAACAUAAAGCUACUGUACAAUCGAGUAUGGUUCAAUUACGUACACCAAGUAGUUUUACUCUAAAAAAUUCAUAUAAAAAAGACUUUCACGAGAUGUUCAACAAACACGAUACAUCUGCUAAUUUAGAAGCAUUAACUGAUAUUAAUAAUACUGACAAAAUAGCAGUUCUCGAAAAGUAUAACAUAAACAGUAACAAUAGUGCGAUUGCAAAAUCGGAACCAGUUAAGACUGGGCUUUAUAAUAAGGGUAUUAAUUCGAUUAAUUAUUCAAGAGCCGAUGACAAUCGUCAAGAUUUUAUAAACAAAGACAUUCCAAGUACUGAGCAUUUAAAGUUUUCGAAUUCCUUAUCAAUUGCAAAUGUUGAUUCGGAAGUUACACUGUUUCCAAAUCCUUCGGAAUAUUGCAAAGAAGCAUAUAGAGAUGCAUUGAAAAAUCCAUCCUCUCCUCUUCUACACUCAAAACCAGUUAACAAUGAUACCUCUAUCGCGGAAAGUAUAUUAGCAGAUGCAUUUCUUCCUCCUAGCACAGUACACGCAAAUGACAUAAUUGGUAGUACAUUGGAUUCGAAGGGUCUAAUGUUCAUACGAGAAAAACUUACAAAUAAAUAUAGCAACCAAGAAAAUCAGUUAUCACAUAAUGUUCCCAGUUUUGCCAAAAAUUUAGAUUCUGAUGAUUUAUUGUUAAAAAAUAAUAACAGUGGAUUGCAAAAUGUAAGCAUUGAUAAAGGAACUGACAAAACAACUAUUACUGCUACUAUGAAGAAUCCUUCUGGAAUAUCGACUCUAUCAGAAGAUAGAAUUAAAAAAAUAGAAAGGAAUACUGUCGAACCUAAGUUAAUAAAGGCAGAGAAAGAAGUAAUAAAGCCUAAUUCACAAGUAGUUCAAUCAAUUCCUCUUGAUUCCACGUUAAUUGUUACUACAAAUGAGAAAGACAAAGUACAACAGAAUACAUCGUUAACCCCUUCAAAAUUAAACGGAAGAUCAUGUUUAUUACCACAAACGAGUCUAGAAGUUUCUAAUGCUGGUAAUCAUCAAGAAAAACUAAGUAAUCUUACGGCACCUUCCACUAUUAUUUAUUCUGAAAAAUUGCAAAAUCAAAUAUUCCCUUACGAAAUUGUUGGUGGAGCGAGCCAUGUACAAAAUUUACCGCAUAUAGAACAAUUAAACGGUGGCAUGGAAGAACUAACAAUGGAUGCUAUUAAACCACAAAAGUGCCAUAAAUGCGAAGAAGUAAUACGCGUUGGUGAUGUUGCCGUAAUUACAGAAAAAGCUAAACAUGCAAUGUGGCAUCCUGGUUGCUUUGUUUGCAGUAUAUGCAACGAAUUAUUAGCAGAUUUAGUAUACUUUUAUUAUAAAAACAAAUUAUAUUGUGGCCGAGAUUUAUCAACAUUCCUAGGAAUUCCUAGAUGUUUUGCCUGUGACGAGCUUAUUUUUGUUAGAGAGUAUACUGUCGCAGAAGGGCAUAACUAUCACAUAAAACACUUUUGUUGUUGGGAUUGCGACAUUCCUCUAGCUGGAAAAAAAUAUAUUACAGAGAAUGAUCGCCCCUUAUGUCUUCCGUGUUAUCAAAAAUCGUAUGCAAAAACGUGUAACGCGUGCGAAAAAGUAAUCGCUGCCGAUCAACAAGGUGUUCCAGUAAAAGAUUUACAUUUUCACGCAACAGAAUCUUGUUUUUGUUGUUUUAUUUGUAAGAGAAAUUUAUUAAACGGCAGAAUAGCAGUUAAGGAGAAAAAGAUAUUCUGCAGUAAAGAAUGCAUUUCAAAAUUCCAACAUAUGCAAAUUUAAUA